AUGAACUUCCCUAAAGUUAUCUCCUUAAAGUCAAUAAGUUUAAUAAGAAAAUUGGUGUCCAGUGCAAGUGGGAGAUUGAGUUUUAAGAUGGUGCGGUUUUUUCAAAAUCCUUACGAGGAUUUUAAACCAGGCACAGUUCUUACCAUCAAUAAAGAGGAGAUAUGUGAUCAUAUAAAUGAACACGUACAAAUCAUCACCAAACGCUUGCAACCAAGUCGCAAAAAUGUUGAUGGUGGUCUAUAUGUCGGAAUAUCUGGCAUCGCUUACAUGUUUUAUAAUCUAUCUAAAAACUUACUUUUGUCCGACAGUAAAAGAGAGUAUCUUGAAAAAGCCUUGGAUUAUCUGAAGCCUGCUUUAGUCACAUCGGCUGGUGACAAAACUUCGUUCCUUCUUGGUGAUGCUGGUACAUACGCUCUGGCUACUGUCUUAAUGAAAGAAUUGGGAGACGAACAAUAUAAAGAGAUACUGAAAAUGUAUAAAUCUCUUUAUCCUCAAUAUUUGAAUCCAAAAUUUCUGAAAUGCGGUGGUGAUGAAUUAUUUGUUGGUAGAGCAGGAUACUUGGCAGGUGCUUUGUGGUUGUCACGAGAGCUUCAAACAUCGAUUUUCUCGAACGAAGAGCUCUUCAAAAUCUGUGAUGUGAUGGUGGCAUCUGGUAGAGAUUAUUCUACAAAACACAACAGUCCAUGCCCUUUGAUGUACCAUUACUACAAUACAGAAUAUUUGGGAGCAGCUCAUGGAGUGAGUUUUAUAUUGCAAAUGGUUUUAUCAGUGCCUGGAUACUUAGAGUAUAAUAAAACUGCUGCUGCAGCUAUCAAAGCUACUAUUGACUAUUUAGUUACACUCCAGACUGAUGAAGGGAAUUGGCCAUGCUGCAUGGAAGAAGUUGGGUUGAGUGAUCAUAAGCUGGUGCAUUGGUGUCACGGUGCCUCUGGUACAAUCUACCUUAUGGCAAAAGCUUAUUUAGUCCUGAAUGAUCAAAACUAUUAUAAUGCAUGCAUAAAAGCGGGAGAAAUGGUGUGGCACAAAGGUUUGUUACGUAAAGGACCAGGUAUAUGUCACGGGGUUGCUGGAAAUGGAUAUGUCUUCCUUCUCCUGUACAGGCUUACAGGAGAGGAGAAAUACCUGUACAGAGCAAAGAUGUUUGCUGACUUUAUGUAUACAGAGGAGUUUCUUCGAGAUGCUAGAUUGCCAGACAAUCCAGAGAGCUUAUAUGAAGGGACUGCUGGAACAGUCUGUUAUUUGUCUGAUCUCCUGGUGUCAGAUAAAGCAGAAUUCCCAUUCCAGGAUGUGUUUUCCAACUAG